AUGGAUCCACAGCCGCAGGAAGCAGCCCAGAUGAAGGCAGGUGGAGCUGCGGCCAAUGAGGUGCGCCGGAGGACCAGUUUCUACGAACUCUAUGCAGAUGAUACUGAUCUGAGGAUGGGUUCGGACCAAGAAGAUGAUGCGGAUGAUGGAGACGAUUUGGCAAAGAUCUAUGAUCAUUUGGAAAAGUGCGCCCGCCGCCGAAGCUCGACCAACAUCCCCAGCAUGCCCAGCGUCCUGUCCCAAGGAGCACCAGCUCCAGCCAAAGGGGAAAGCCUUCGAGGUCAAGUGUUUCCUGAAGUGCCCAAAGAAUCCAGGCUCUCAGGUCGUCGUCGAUCUUCGGAUUCGGCGGAGGAAGAACUGAUUGCCCUCGACGACUUCUUGAAGGCGGCGCCACAAGCUGCACAAGCCCAGGAGGUCCAUGGCGGUGAGGAUGGUGAGGCCAGUCAAAGCGUGGAAGAUCGAGUUGCAUUCCUGGAGUUCUUCCUCUACCCUGCAGCAGCUCCAAAGACCAAGUCUUCCCUGACGCUGCAGCAACGGGUGGACCUGCUGGAUGGCCAUCUUUGGGGCCGGGAAGCAGAUCUCUUCGAGGUGUUGGAGCUGAACCAACGCGUAAGGUUGGCGGAGCGUGCGUUGUUGGGAGUGGUGAGGGCGUGA